AUGGCUUACAACAAGCCGACACCACCCACCGACGCUGACUCUGGCGAGUCCUCCAAAGAGGGAACCCCGCCGAGUUACGACGACAGCGCUCGCGAAGCGCAAUGGCAGCGCGCUCUCCUCGACGUGCAGGAGACCGUAGUUGCUUGGCAACGAGCCACCGCUGCGGGCGACUCAGCCCGCGCGGCCGAGCUCUCCGCCAAGAUCCCUCAGAUGUGGCGCAACGCGGGGGAUAUACACCCAGAUCCCGAGGUGCGCGCCAGAAUGUACGCGAACGCGGAUCAAUGGGAGCAUGCCGGCGAGGGGGAGAAGACGGAGCAUGCCAAUGCUUUCCUCGUCGGAAUCGGUGCGAUCAUCGCGACACCCUUCGUGCUCGUCGGUGCUGCAUUGGUCGGCGCAGGUGCAGUUGUUUGGGGUGCAGCAAAGGUUCUUCAAGGUAUUGGUGAGGGACUGUCUGCGGGGCCCGAAUAUCUGUGGAACAAGUGGAGGAAGCGCCCCAAGAAUUGA